ACUUUGGGGUGAUCAGCUGACCAAGCAGUCACAGGACUGGAUUGCUCAGUCAUCCCCUUAAUAUCAGAGGCUGCAAGGCUGCACUUGCAAACAGAUCGGGGCUUGCACUGCGGUAGCAACACUGUGUCCAGGUGGAACUCGCACCUGAGUUGCUACGAUUCAGCACCGCCGCUGCCGCCAUGGGGCUCCGCUCGUUAAUACUCCUGGCCUGUCUUGUGGCCGCUUGCUCGUCGCUGAUCAGAAUCCCACUGAAGAAGUUCCCCUCCAUGCGCAGCAUCUAUAAUGAAUAUGGGACCAAUAUCCAAGACCUGAAUGAGUUGGGGGAAGUGCUGAAGUACAAAUUUGGAGGUCCAGGUGCUGGUGAUCCUACCCCAGAGUCUUUGAAGAACUACAUGGAUGCUCAGUAUUAUGGGGAGAUUGGAAUUGGGACACCACCACAGAAGUUUACUGUUGUCUUUGACACUGGAUCAUCCAACCUCUGGGUGCCCUCUGUCCAUUGUCACUUGCUGGAUAUUGCUUGCUUGCUACACCACAAAUAUGAUUCUUCCAAAUCCUCUUCAUAUGUGAAAAAUGGUACUGACUUUGACAUCCAUUAUGGUACUGGAAGCCUAUCGGGAUUUCUCAGCCAAGACAUUGUAUCGAUUGGUAACUUAAUGGUCAAGGAACAACUAUUUGGUGAAGCUGUCAAGCAGCCUGGCAUCACAUUCAUUGCUGCAAAGUUUGAUGGUAUCUUGGGCCUGGCAUAUGACAAGAUAUCUGUGAAAAAAGUAAAACCUUUCUUUGACAAUGUUAUGGAACAAGGAUUGGUGGAGAAGAAUGUAUUUUCCUUCUAUCUAAACAGGGAUCCAUCAGCACCAACUGGAGGAGAAUUGCUUUUUGGGGGGACUGACCCACAGUAUUACACUGGAGACUUCAACUGGGUGAAUGUCACUCGCAAAGCUUACUGGCAGAUCCACAUGGAUUCAGUUGAUGUUGGCAACGGUCUGACUGUAUGCAAAGAUGGUUGUGAAGCUAUUGUGGACACAGGAACCUCACUCAUUACAGGGCCUACAGAUGAAAUUAAAGAACUGCAAAAGGCUAUUGGAGCUAAGCCACUCAUUAAAGGACAGUACAUGCUUCCCUGUGACAAGCUGUCUUCUCUGCCCUCUGUGAACCUUAAUCUAGGAGGGAAGGCCUACACCCUCACUCCAGAUCAAUAUGCCUUAAAGGUUACUGUUCAAGGAGAAACUCUUUGCCUGAGUGGAUUUUCAGGCUUGGAUGUCCCACCACCUGGUGGCCCUCUCUGGAUCCUGGGAGAUGUCUUCAUUGGCCCAUACUACACAGCGUUUAACAGAGAGGAAGAUUCAGUUGGCUUUGCAAAGUGUAACAGCAAAGUGUAAAACUGACUGAGCACCACCUCCCACAGUCUCUCUUUGAAAUGCACCCAUAAGCACAAUGGGAGUUUUUGUGUUGUGACUUAUUGGUAUUGGGAAUACAAUCAGGAAAAAAAAGAGGGACAGGACACAAAUUUAAAUGAGAAAAAAAUAGACUUGAGUCUUAAAAUGGGACACAGUUGGUGACCUUUUGACAACCACUUCCCCUUGGAGUAAUGGCCUAUAGAAAAUUUCCAGAACAACCACUACAUUUAAAGAGCCCCAAUACUGCAUGGGUUUUUCAUGCAUCAGGCCACUUAAAAUGCUGUCUCUUCAUAUUUGAGUAUCAAGGCUAUAAAUAAGACCUUAUUUACACAAUAAGGUCUUAUUAACCCAAGGUUUAAUAAGAAAAAUCUUAAGAUUCUAUUAAUAGAAUAUCCAAAAGAAUAUUUCAUGGUAGGUUCUGGAUGCAUUUUGCUAACAUUCCCCCUCCCUAUUAUUACCUCCCCCCCGCACCACACACACAACCUCUCCAAAGGAACAGCUGUGUAGAGAAUUGGAUCUUGUUCAGAGUUUAUUCUGUGGAAGUACUAGGUAACUGGGAGUCUACCAAUGAAACUUGUAGCUGUUUAAUGCUCCCCAAUUUAGUCUGAGGAGAAGAAAAGAAAAUAUUAGCUGUAUUUCUCACACCAUGAAUGUGUGGGGUGUGCUGAAAAGAUCCUGAUAGGCAAGAACCAAGCUUUUUCACCAGUUGGAGGUGAACUUCUGCUAGGAAAGAAUCUCAGGGAGUAAUAAUGGCAGGGUACUUCCAGAAAGAGAUGACUAGGUUCUUCAGCUUGCAUUUCAUAAAAGGCCCUCACCUUGGGCUUGAGCAGCCCCAUUCAGGGGUAGUCUCAAAAUGUCCAGUUGUAAACCUUUCUUUAAAACUUCCUAAACCACCUACUUCCUAGCUUUUUUUCAGAGGUAUAAGGAAAGUGACCUUGAUGUGGCUUCCCCCACCUGAUCAAAACCAGGAAGUAUUUUCAAACAGUGAUCCUUGUGGGAUCUUCUGGCUCAUGGUGGUUUUGGAAAAACUCCUGCAUUUCACGGUUUCCCUAAGACAUUGUCUCUGCCCCCCCCCCUUAAGUCAAGUGGUCACCACCAUACACCCCCCCCGCAAUACUGAAGUUUUAUUGGGUGUGGGGGAAAUCGUGAGAUAACUCUGCCCCGAGAAGUUUGGUCUAGGAAUCCAAUCAUUUGAACAGGUCUACACAGUGAAACGCUUGCUGCCUCAACAGAAGUUCUACAACAAGUGCUUCUAGAUAAGGAACUGUCUCAGUAUUGGGCUCUAAUUUUGAUCUUAUGAAUAAAAUGUAUGAGGCAUCCAUUCAUAACAGGAAGGGAGCAUAGAUGGGGUUGUGGUAAGUUAGUUGAAUUGAAAUUAAUUUAUUAGCUUUGUGGAUGAAAAGGCUUUCAGCACUUGCUAGGUUUAAUCAAAAAUGUUUUGUAACACUUUGGAUCUAGUCUUGAAGUUGUAAAAUGGGAUCAACAGUGGAGAGCACACAAUGAACAAAUGAAGGGAUGCUUGUGAGGACUUGUCAGCAGCACUUCGCUGAAGAUGCUCUCUAAACUAGCUGAAAAUCUGGUACACUCUAGAGCAGUCCCACUGGAAAGCUUGUGAACAGAGGGGAGUAGAAGACAUCAGAACCUUGAUCAUAUGUUUAUGGAUACACUGCUGUUCUUGACUUUUCUUCCUGCUAGGCUGAGUAGUUUGGAUACUGAUAAUCAGCAAGAUGUCCUUGAAGACUACAGAGAAAAUGUAGGCCCAUCAGGAUCUCUUCAACCACAUUGUUCUAAGACCUGUUUGAGCUUGCUAUCAGCUCUCUGCCAUUCAGACAAGGUGGUUUAAUAAAUAUGUGGAUUGUAUGGAUGUGUUUGAAAGGCAUCAGUGAACUGUAGCAUGUUCUGAAUUGCCCUCAGUAUAAUAAAUACACUUCUCUAGA